AAUUCAUCAUCAGAUAUUGAGCUAGCUAUGCAACAUUUGUCAGAGUCGGUAUACUUAGGACUGUGUCAUAAAGUGGGAACCUCACGAGUUGUAGUCAUGAGAAGAGAUGUGAUAGACAUUGUAGAGAUAGUGAACAAUCAAGUAUACAGGGACUUUCAUAAAAUGCUAAGUGGAAGUCAGAGAGAAGGAUUUAAAUUAAAAGGAGCUGAUUUUGACACUAUGAUAUGGAGAAAAGAGGACAAAGUGAUAUGGAAUUUAUCUCAGACUAGGCAUUAUCAGGAAGUCAAAAAUGUAGAAGGAGUAGUUGUGAAAUUAAUUCUUGCGGAUGUCAGUCAUAGUCCUCCAGGAUUCACAUUACUUCAGGCAUUGAUACCCAGAGUAAAUACAAUAAUAUGUAUUCCAGAAGCAGUUUUUAUGGCAUUGGUCUUUAUGAAUGGUAGAUAUUACAUUUCUAGCACAAAAUACAGACAAUAUAGUAGUUGCCUUGACUCUAUUAAUGCACGUGCUUCUUUUAUGCAUGGUCCAUGUGUCAGUGGGGUGCUUUUUGAUGGUGAAGAAUAUGAUCAUGCCCACUGUUUUGCCUGUGACUUUUGGCCUCCCUCUGCUUCCUCGUGGAUUGACAGAUGUCACUCUUGGCCCCAGCCUGCUGUUGUUUAUGAUGUAGUAAAAAGUGGAUGUCACAUUGUACCAAUUGGACAUAAACUAGGAAACCAUCCAGAUGAAGAAUGGAGAAUUUCUUUCUCUCUGGCAGAACAAAAACUUGUCUACACGAUGAACCACUGUCAAUUACUAGUGUAUGGACUCCUUAAAAUAUCAUUGAAAGAGAUAUUUCAUGAAAUACUUGGAGAAAGUAGUAAGUUAUUGUGUUCGUAUCAUAUGAAGACAGCAGUAUUCUGGGUGCUCCAACAAAACAUAGUACCCUACUGGCAUCCAAAAAAUCUCCUGGAGUGUUUCUGGGUCUGCUUCAAGCUCAUCCUUAAAUGGGUCCAUGAGGGGGUCUGUCCUAACUUUUUUAUUCCAGACAACAACAUGUUUCUUCAUAAUAUCUAUGGCGAAGUACAGAAGAAUUUAUUCAAUGAACUAUAUACACUGUAUCAGAGGGGAAUAUCAUUUCUGCUGUUCAGUUCCUCAAUUAAGCCUUAUCUUGUUAACGUUCUUCAGAGUCCUAGACUGAACAUUUGUACAGAUGAGUGUACUAUAAUUUCUGAGCUUGAUUUUGAUUUGAAAUUAUUUGUUGAGAUUAGGGAAAAAGUAAGCUUACCUUUAAUAGACUUCAAUGGAUGCAUGAAAGUCUUGCACAUGAUAGAACAACACAAUUUCAAUGGUUCUUCCCUCUCUCAGUACCAAUUUUUUACAUUACAAAAACUUAAAGUGUUAGCCCUUCAGAUUACUACGUUUAUAUUACAUAUGUACAUUAACUUUAGUUCAAUUAACAAAUUUAAGUAUAGUGCUGAUAAAUUAGCCCUUUACAUGCUUAAAUUAGCAGCCAAGACUGGCUGUAUUUCUGACCUGUUGUACCUGGGAAUUUAUUAUUACAAGACAUUCAGAUUUAAGGAAGCUUUAUCUGUUAUAAAAAUGACAAAAGGCAAGAUUGCCCAACCAUAUUUGAUGUAUAAGAUUUAUACUGAGGCUGUUGGGGAACAGGCCUGGUCUUCAAAAAUGAGGGAGGAUCUAGCAGUUAACAUUAGGCUUUUCAAUGAAAUCUGUUACAUCAAUGAAUUACUGCCAGAACAAAGGUCUGGUUUACUGAAUGAAUCAGCUGGAUUAGUGAUUGAUACCCGCACAUUUUCACACAUGCUAGAAUUCCUUUGCUAUUGCAACACUGACCCAAUAAAAGCAAAAUCAGCAUUAGAUCAUUUACAAAAUAUUGUAUACAAAUAUCAGGGGUUUAAUCACGAAGAAAUGAUGGACAUUAACUGGCAAAUUCUUGGGAUAUGCCAACAGAUGGCAGGGGAUCUGCAGGCUGCUCUAUACUCUUACCAACAAUCCCUCCAGUAUAAAUUCCAUGGAAUACAAACAGCUACACUAAUGAGGAUAAAAAGUUUACACUGUGAAGGUGGUCUAUAA